AUGGUAGUCAGGCUGAGAAAGAAAAAUGUAGAGACUCUGUACGUAGUGCUCAUGUCCUUACUGGAGGGCCACGUUUCACCCAGUGAGAGACAGAGCACCGAGCUGGCUGCUGUAACUACUGAGCGCUGGUACAUGGCACCUGGUGUACAGAGAAAAGAGAUUCGCCAGGAUGUUGUCGCGACGUUGUUUUUACCUCCCGGCCCUGGCCCAUUUCCAGCUGUACUGGACUUGUGGGGAAGGGGAGGAAGACUGGUGGAGUACCGCUCCGCACUUUUUGCAUCCAGGGGCUAUGCUAGCUUGUCCCUUACCUACUUCAAUCACAAAGAUUUGCCUGGCCCACAAAGCAGAAUCAAUGUUGGUGAAUCAUAUUUCAAAUCAGCAUUCCACCUCCUUCAAGAUUAUCGUCAGGUCUGUGCCGACAGAAUUGGGAUUAUCGGUCUCUCCUAUGGAGUCUACUUGACUCUUCGAUUGGCCACUCAGACUGGUGUCAAACCAUCCUGUUUGAUUUGUAUCAACGGCCCAGUAGGAAGCACCAUUAAGCUCUCAGAUCCAGAUGGCAGGACUGUAGACGUUGAUAGAGACCCGAAAUAUUGGACGUAUGAUGAUCGAGGCUAUGUGAGUUUCAGAGACACCUCCUUGCCUGCAAACCUUAACCCUGAAAGCAAAGUGAAGUUAGAGCACCUCUCCUGUCCAUUAUUGUGCAUAGUGGGUGAAGAUGACCUGUGCACUGCAAGCAUGGAGAACGCAGACAUGAUCGAGGAGACCCUGAAGGCUGCAGGAAAAUCCCAACUGUUCACCCGUUUGUCGUACCCCGGUGCUGGUCACCUGAUUGAACCACCUUACACACCACACUCACAAGCGUCGCUUUGGAGUGUCAAACCAAUUAAAAUGUUCACUCUGUGGGGAGGUCACCCUGCACCCCACGCUGCUGCCCAGGAAGAUGCCUGGAAAAAGGUUCUGGAUUUUAUGGAAACUAAUCUGAGAGGAUGA